AUGUGGGUGCCACAAUUUGCACUAGAAGUGGACCUUAUAUCUGAAAAAGGAUAUAUGUAUCUGGCUGGUAUGGCAACAUCUCCUGCUGCUACCAUCAACUGCCAAACCGUUGGAGCAGAGCAUCCUAUCAAGUCUUACGUUUCGCCCGGUGUUCCUGCACAGAGGCAGUACUCCAACAGGUCCAACGAGAACGGUCUUCCGCGGAGGCUUCGAACAGCAUAUACCAACACGCAGCUGCUUGAACUAGAGAAGGAGUUCCACUUCAACAAGUACCUCUGUCGGCCCCGCAGGAUAGAGAUCGCCGCUUCCCUAGACCUCACGGAGAGACAGGUGAAAGUGUGGUUCCAAAACCGACGAAUGAAACACAAGAGGCAGGCGAUGACUAAGAGUGACGAGAGUGACAAGAAGCGAGACGGAGACCAGCGUUCCGGAGUGGACGACGCCGCCAACAACAACACCAAGUCGGUGCCAUCUUCGCCUGACAGCAUGUGUUCGUCUGAUGUCAAAAAAGAGGAGAGCAACGACAGCUUGCCGUUGCCUAGUGCCAGUGCCGGCUCUGGAGGUCCGCCCACCUCCGGGGUGCCACGGGGUGCCUGUUCCACAGUCUCCCCUCUGGAUCCGAGCAAGGUCAAGUGUGAGGACGGAGCGAGCCUCAGGUAUCCGGGUCCGCUGGGUUUCACCGGGGACGGCAUCGGUAUGAAAGACGGGGGUUCACAGGACACUGCUCCCCUCAAUACCCCUCCCAUACCCCGUGCCACACCACCCCUCACCCCAGCCACGCCCACUGCCUCUCCCGCCCACCUGACUGGUGCACGGGGAGUGCCCGGCUCUCCAUCAAUCACCACCCCGCCCAUUACCUCUUCCAGGGCAGCCUCGCUAACAGCUACCACCACCACUACGGGCGCCGCUUCCACCACCAGCUCCAUCACCCUACAUGGGUUCGGUGGGAGCGGCGGUGGCCGCGGGGCAGCAGGGAGAGGUUCCACUUUUUCCUCCUACUGUACCGGGGCUGGUUCUGGGCCAGGUACUGGCACCGGCUCCGAUAAUAAGGGUCGUGGGGUGUCCGGGUCAUACCCAGGGGCGUACCGAGGCUCUUGGGUGGAUCAGUAUAGAGGCAUGGGUCGCGCCACGCCCCCGCAGUUCAUGCCUACCAACAACAGCCGCGCCUCUAACACCCAUGGGUAUGACUACACUUGUGCCCAGCAACACCAACAACAACAGCAACAACAACGGGGGCAGCAUAUGUACAACGGAGGGUAUGGUAUGGACGGCUACAGCUACAACCGUCACUACUACAACAACAACAUGAUGUGCGGUGACGGAUACUCGGGCUACAACUACAUGUACAGUAGCGGCGGCAUGUAUGCAUGUAGCGGACAGGGUGAAGCUGCCGCUCACCAGUAUUACGACUCUUACGGUAUGUGUGGCGCCGCGACCGGCUACGAACACACUGAGAAAGGCACCGCGAUGAACACAAUGGCUGCAAAUAAUCCGGCCAACAUGGCCAACAUGGCCAAUAUGACUCAGGGCGGCGGCUACUACAACAGUGCCAAUGGAGCCACGGCGGGGAACGAACCAGUGGCUUACCAGGACCAACAAUACCACCACCAGCAGCACGAACACGACCUUAACUUCACUUUUAACUUUUUUGAACAAAGUGGCGGUGGUGGCGGGGGCGGCGGUAGCGCAGGUGGCGGUGGCGGUGGCGGCGGUACUAGCGGCAGCACAGCGCCAAGUGAAAACAGCAAUUCCUCCGACUUCAAUUUCCUGACGAACUUGGCCAAUGACUUCGCGCCGGAGUACUAUCAGCUGAGCUGA